CCCAGAGACCAGAGUAGAGUAAGAAAGCCCAGCCAGCCCAGUCUAGCUCAGCCCGAGAGGAAGCGUUCUUCCUUCUUGUUUUUGCUUUUAUUGACGCCCAUUCCUCGUCUCACACCGGCUCCGGUCUCCAGGUACUUUCCUCUCUUCCUCCCUCGCCUCCCUUUUCUUCAUCUUGAUCAAAAAGGACGCUGCCAGACCUGUCUACGCCCAUCCAUCCCUCCGUGACCUCUCUCCUCUCUCCUCUCUCUUUUCUCCUUUCUCGAUCACGCAAAUCAGUUCAAACAGAUCCACAGACGAUUCAAGCGGCAUACUUACGCGAUCACGACAUUCCAACCCCGAAGCCGCAGACGCUGCCGACAGCCGAAUCCAGCUUCCAAAUCAGGAAGCUCCCAAAGCAAACGAGUUUUGACUCGUCGUACCAAAAGCAGCCCAAGACUGCGCCCGUCUUCCGCACGCACGCACGCACUCACUUUCCUUGGGACCGGCACUUGGGCGCCCACUUCACUCGGAACUUGCUGUCGAUCCCCAAAACCCCGACCGAACCACCCCCCCUCCCCCGUCCCGGUCCCGGCAGUUACUGCGGCAUCCCCACAAAAUCGCGGGACAAGAUGCGACCAUCCCAUUCCGCCCCGGCGCUCGUUGCGCUCCUCUGCGCCACCGUUGCAUCGGCCCUGUCGCCGGCAAAGCUGCACUGUCUCCGAUCGAGAAGUCUCGAGCUCGCCAAGCUCGCGGCCUGCGGCGAGCCGGGAUCCGUGGCCCACUGCCUGGAUAUGCUCCCGGACGAACUGACGCAGACGGACCUCGAGAAGUGCUACAUGCACGCCGGCUGCGAGGUCGCCGAGGCCAUCAUCGAGUCGCAGUGGACGCUCGACAGGUGCGGCGAUGACGGUAAUGUGCCGGCGGAGCUGCGAAAGCGCCACGCACCCGUCUUUGCACGCCAGACAACGGCCGCCGAGACGGCCGUGGCGCCGACGGCGACUGCCACGGGCACGGGCACGGGCACGCGGUCGUUGAUCAUCUGCUCGACGACAACGACCAAGUCGACGACUCUGUGCCCGGUGGUGUCUACGGGCGUCCAGAGGGGCAGGACGCUCAAGGAAGGCUGCUACCCGACGCAGGUGUCGUUCGCGACGUGCGCGGCGGGCCUGCUCUGCAAGGACGACCCGGCGGGCAAGCCGUCUUGCCUGGUGCUGGACAACACGGUGUACCCCGGCGGCGUGGCGGUGGCGAUCUUCUUCGCGGUGGUCAUCACGGGCGCCAUUGCGUGCAUCACGGUCCUGUGCUGCCGCGAGAAGAAGCAGAAGAAGCGCAUCGCCGCGCGGGCCGAGGCGGCGGCGAUCGCGAGGCAGAACGUCAAGCAGAGGCCGACGGUGCAGGUUGGUAACGCGGACAGCCAGCCGCUCAUGACGCACGGCCAGCCGGCGGCCGGGUACGACGCGCAGGGCCCCUUUGGCGACCAGCAUCGGAUGUGAGGGAGAUGAUGGUGGUUUUCCUCCCUUCAUUUUUUAUUUUCUACACAUAUACUUGUUUUGUGGUAUUGUCGGCUGGGAGGGUGGUGGGAGUACAGUACGUGCAGUACAAUCAUGGUUAAGAUACCUCAGAGUGCGGUUCUCCCUUUUUGAAUUUUUAGAUUUUAGGAAUGGCAUGUCCCAAGAGAUGCAUCGAUGGAGCCGAGGGUAGUGGGUUUGCAAAGGAGCAACAGACGAAAAAAA